UAGAUAUUGGCUGGCGCUUGCUGUUGGUCCAUGCAUAGCUAGAUGUUUUCUCCAACCAUUCCAAGAUGCCAUCUCCCACACCAACUUCUGUAACUGAUACAACAACCGGUGCCAAUGGUAGUGCCAACUCUAACAAAAGGACAAAUCCACCUCUUUUGUUUUUCGUUGCUAUUGGGUUCGGCAUAAUUUUUACAAUCUUAUGGUCUGUCUAAGAAACCCGCAUUGAUGAUAUAGGGAGAAGUUGAUGACUAUGGAUGAAGUUGAUCACCAGCUCCCGCUUACAAAAUAUAAAGCGUGAGGUCCUGGGAGGAUGAUAAUCUCCCAUCAAUUGGUAUUGCAGUAACAAAACCGCUGUUCCCCAACUAGCCGUUUGUGCCGGCGAUCCUGAAAUGAAGCAACCUCGCGGCCGAUCUCAAAAUAUGCCCGUCUCACCACCAAGAGGUGGUGUUGAGGGUCACUUAUCGGUGUACUGCUGUCCGUGUUGAGCUCUUAUCGAGUCUAGCAUGCAUGCGCAGUCAAUUGAUUCAAUUGAAAAUGAUACCAUGCAAGGGCUUGUAUGUGGAUGUGCUUUUCAUGUCUCAUGCGUUGAUCUUGAGCUAUUUUCCUAGGAAAUCGACCCAACAUAUCUCGCCCAAGCAUGCUUCUACUUGUACGGCCUUUGCGAAGGACUGCUUCAGAGGAAAGGGUGGGCGCUCAGAAAGGCAACAGCCAUGGAAUAUGCGAGAUGACAAUCACCAUGAUUCCCAUGGCCUGCGAAAACCAGCAGUUGAAUCAUUUCCACGGCUGCUGGUUCCCUAUCUCUCCACGUAUCCUUUCGGUUCUUUGCUCAGGUUCUCUGAAUGGUUUCUGGCCGCAAUGAGCCAAGACCCCGAGCCGCUAUUGCGUCACAUCCCAGAAAGCCAGUAGAUUAAAGUUGGAUAUGCGAUUCCAUCUUGGGUAGCUGGAUGAGCAUUUAUUGAAGUGUAUAU